UGGAAUAAUAGUUAUCUACCGGUAUGUCAGUCCAAAUGUAGUAUCACAGCAAAUAUAGCACCCAAAGCAACGCGGGUAUUACAUCCGGAGCAACACGGGUAUUACAUCCGGAGCAACACGGGUAUUACAUCCAAAGCAACGCGGGUAUCACAUCCAAAGCAACGCGGGUAUCACAUCCGGAGCAACGCGGGUAUCACAUCCAAAGAAACACGGGUAUUGCAUCCAAAGAAACGCGGGUAUUCAACGCUAGAUAUAAGAAGGGACGCUCCAACCCUCAAGUGAGAGAGGACAUCGCCACAAGCAACUACAAGCACUGUUACAGAAGCUUCUUUAGACUCUAGGUCUCUUUCUCACUUUUCUCGGGCUCUCAGGUCCACGAAGAAUUCACGCCCAAGAUUCCAAGUACCUCGCCGAUAGCUUUCAACAUGAAGUUUCAACUCGCCAUCACCCUUCUCGCAGCCCUUUAUCAACAGGCUGGCGCCACUCAACUCAAGGCCUACUCAUUCCAGGGCAGCUGUGGAGGAACACCCGACUUCAUUUGGCAAGAUGCAGGUAGUGGAUGCAUCGAGUUCCACGAUAAUAAUGGGUUGGAGGACAUGUACUCGCUUUACUGGGCUGGACCGUCAUGUUCCUUCAGCCUGUUCGCCGGACCUGGUUGCUCCGGCCAAUCCGAGCCCCGCACGGUUGACCAUGCCUGUAUGAAUAGGGGGGGCAAGUCUAUCAAGUCGGUCUACAAAUAUUGCUAAAGAGUGGCGCACUUGCUGGAUAUAGGCUGUAGACCCCUACUCGGUCGGAUUUUUUGACACAUUCAACACGCGGAUAGGGAUGAUUGAGGGAUCAACAUGUUCAACAAUGUUGUGAACAACUGCAAUAUGAGUUAUGGCCUCGUUUGUUGUAUUUAGAGGAGGUUUAGGGCCCGACUAUCUAAAAAUUUAAGAUUUAAAACCC